GCUGGGUGCCCUCAGGGGACACAGGCAAGACCCAGGGACUCCCACAAGCCUCAGGCCGCAUUCUCAGCUUCCUGAGCUCCAGCUCUCACCACUGACCCAGCCUGGGACUGGGGACUGCAGAUGCUGAGCUAGGCUGUGGCAGGGCUGGGUGACACUCCCUGUCCUCCCCAGGAGCUCUUCAAGACAGUGAGGCCCCACGAAUUCCUGGACUCCAUCUGGUCCCAGGGUGACAACAGGGGCAUUGAGCACCUGGCACCGACCAUCCAUGCCACCAUGACCCACUUUAACAGAGUGGUCGAAUGUAUCAUCACCACCUGCAUUGGGGACCCGAGCAUGACGGCCCAGGACAGGGCCAGGGUGGUGGAGCUCUGGAUCCAGGUGGCCAAGGAAUGCCACGGCCUGAGGAACCUUUCCUCUCUCCAUACGAUCUUCUGGGCUCUGGAGGGCCCCUCCAUUCAACGUUUAAAAGAGACGUGGAGACAGGUGUCCAGGUGGGUAGGCCUCUCUCCAUGCGAGCACCACCUGGGUGGACCAGACACCCCCCACAGGGCUGGCAUUGCCCUUCAGUCAGUUGGGACCUCCUGGGAGACAGCAAACCCUGGGGAUAGGGUCUGACCUGGUUG